AUGAGUUCCUCCUCCGACGACGACCCGCAGCUCCCUCACGACGUCGCCGUCGAGGUCCUGAAGCGAUUGCCGGUGGAAUCUCUCCUCCGAUUCAGGUGUGUUAGCCGUUCAUGGCGUUCCACCAUCGACGACCCUCGUUUCGUGGCCCUCCACUUGCGCCACUCUGCUGUCGAUGCCUCCCGUUGGUAUCUCUUGUGUCGAGAUUGGUGCGGUCCUGUCCAGAACCUGUGCUCUCUGUUGUCCCACGAGUCUCUUGCUCUGCCUUCCCGGUCGCAAACCGAAAUUCCGUUUGUUACUACUCCUCCCGGCGGCUACCGCAUCGUUGGUUCGUGUAAUGGUUUGAUCUGCGUCACCGAAUGUUCCAGAGACGGCUAUGGUCGGGCUAUGCAUCUGUGGAAUCCAUUCACAAGAAAGCACAAGGCGGUUCGACGACCCGGUCCGGAUACAGAGACUGGUCAUAUGGUUCUGGGGUUUGCCUUCGACGCUAGGUCGAUCGACUAUAAGAUUGUGAGGAUUCUCCAUUCUCCAGAUGAUUGUUUUAGUCGCUUUGGUCGAGUCGAGAUUUAUUCGCACCGUACAGAUUCCUGGAGAAGUCUGGAGGGUGAGGCUCCUGCUUUUCGUCGCCAGGACAACAGAGCGGUCUUCUUGAAUGGGAAUUUGCACUGGUUCGCUUCCUAUCGAAAGGAGGGUGGAUACGGGUCAAUAGUCUCGUUCGAUGUCGCAGGUGAGGUGUUUGACGGAAUGGCUCUGUUGGAAGAGAUUUUUCCCGUAGACAGUGUCUAUUUACUGUCGUGUAUGUAUAUGGCAGUAUUGAAUGACUCGCUGGCUGUGUUCAUUAAUGGUGGGGAGGCACUUGAUCAUCCUGAUUCGGAUUCCGUUUGUUCUGUCUGGGUUAUGAGAGACUACGGCGUGCCUGAGUCUUGGACUAAGCUGUAUACUUUUGAGGCUAGUCGACCGGUAGUAGGAUUUGAUGGCUUCACAUGGAAUGGUGAGCUUCUUAUUGAAAUAUCUGGUGGAGAACGGCUUUCUUGGAAUCCGAUCACGGGACAAAUCGCAAAUCUUCCGUCAUGGAGGACAUGCGAUUUGUUCACCGUCGUAGAGAGCCUCGUUUCACUUUAAAUAUGACUCGAUUGCUGCUACAUUUAUCAGUACGAAAGAUUGAUUCUGCUUGUAGAAAAGUUGAAAGUUACAUCUGAAUUGAGAAGAGAUGGCUUUAUACAUAUAUGCUCUGGCCACGAAAUGACGAGCUUAUGCAGUGAGGUGGUGCCCAUUUACUUUUGGUACUUCUUGCAAGCUUUAAUAUGCAUUUUCAUUUUCACUUUAUUUUUUCUUUAGACUAGUGAAGUUUGUUCUCCGUAUGAGUGAAAGUAUGCAACUCAAGACUGCAUCUACAACUUCAGCAUUUUUAGACGAUGCAGAAAAAAAUGACGAAGCUUUUUGAAUGCUAUGCAUGUGUGUGCUCGAUUCUUUGCCACCAUAAGCAUUUUUCAGCUUCUGUAGGACCAAACUAUUCACUAUCUGAGUCACGCAUCUCGAUCUCUGGGCAUUGCAACUGGUGCAACUACAUACUACCAUAUUUUGUUUCCUAUCUCAAGAAUUUUUUGUAGCACCGGCAAUGCAUACCUAGUAAGCUUAUGUAUUGAUCUAUGCAGACAGCUGCAUUAAUGGAUUAAGGAAACAUUGGAAACUGUAUUAUUAGGACAAUCUUUUUU